CUAUCGAUUUUUUCCCACACCUAGCGAUUGCAGUCAAAGUUUAGGCCGCGCGUUUUUUUGUAAUAUAUAUUCACUAUUUGCGCAUUGAAAAAUAAAAAUAAUAUGCACAGUGAUAAUGAUAAUGCGUGCGUCCUUAAUGGCAAUCAGCAGGACUCCAAAGAAGCUGCUUGCGAUCCCGUUUCAACGAUCCAGGCGUAUUUGGUGGAGAUGCUGCGCCAAACGCGCGCCGAGAAUACUUCUUUGGAGAACGAACUUAAUGAGCUGCAAGAAAACCAGAAGCGGCUAACUGAUCAGAAGGCUGAAGCCAUCUGCAGUAUGAGCCUUCCAAUCGUUGGGGAGAAUUCGAUAGAGCUGCUUCCCAACUUGGAUGAACUGACUGCGAAGGAGACUACCCUGAGCAGUCAACUGAGCGAUCUGGUGAAAAUAAAGCAACAACUGAGCCUGGCCUAUGCUGAUCACUGCCAACAGGCCAUACAUGUCACCGAGGAGCGGGACGGUAAUGUUACCUAUGAUGAGUUCACAUCGAUGAGCUAUGAAGAUCUUAAGAAGCUAAUACAAGAAGAUUCUAUUAAACUGUGUGAAAUGAAAAGAAAGUCAGAAGAAUUGACCGAAAUACUACGCUCGAAACGCAAGGAGCAGGAUGCCAAUCAUAAGGCCUUGCUGGAGCAAAUCAGUGUACUCGAACUGAUCGCGCUCGAAGCCUUCGAACUCGCGAACGAAGUUAAAGUUGACUUAAGCUAUUGCAACGAAGGCCGCCAAUUAGAUUAGUAGAAAACUACGAAUUCAUUUGAAGAACACCACUGCAAACUGCCUUACAUGCUUACAUAUGUUUCAUUAUGUUUUAAAACUUUCAUACAAUCAACCAUUUUCCUAAACCAAUUAAAAAUACAUAUAUCCAUCAAAUUUCCGUGCCAGCAAUUUGAGGCAGGGGGCGCGUAAUUUCGUUUAUAUGCGAUAUUUUGCACAAAAACAAAAACAAACAUACACCUGUGCACAAAUAAGUGGCAGCGCGGCGCCGGGCUGAAAAAAACAGCUGAUGGGCUGCCAGAUAGUUUCACGUUUUUGUGAAAUUGCCUUUGCUCGAGCCCUAUUUAACACCCCAUCCCUGAGUCGUAAUUUUCAAUGCGUUAUAAAAAGGCGACCGUAUUCCGUAUCCGUAUCAGAUGAACCUGGAUAUUUAAUUUAUUAUCAUUUAGUUGUGAAAUUUUGAUAUUAUUUGAUAUUUGUGA